UCGGUUUACUUUUGGAUUCUCAUGAACGUGGAUGUACGUAUACCCACGAGAGCCGUUCCAGCCGGAACUCCCUCAAUCUGUCGUCUUCCGCCCUGGCGUCCAUUUGUUUGCCUUGGCCGGGCUUCCUCCUUCUUCCGAUGGAAGCAAACGCGAUGUCGCUGCGCGGCGAGCUCCACCUCCUCUCCCCGGCGGCGAGGUUCCGGAGAGGAGUACCCCAGCACGCUCUUUGGCGCUCUCCUUCUAUCCGCCACCGCUUGAAGUCCCGCAGCAGCUCUAUAAUCUCUGCUUCGAGCUCUACUACUGAAAGCGAAUCGGUCUGUUCCCCCUCGUCGGACCGGCAGGAGGCCGAGAGUGGGAGUUCCUCUCGCGUGAAUCCAGUCUAUUCGCCGACACCGCCGAAUCGGGAGCUGCGAACUCCUCACAGCGGGUACCACUUCGAUGGAACUACUCGGAAAUUUUUUGAGGGUUGGUACUUUAAGGUGUCCAUUCCCGAAGUGCGGCAGAGCUUCUGCUUCAUGUAUUCUGUAGAGAGUCCUGCCUUCACCAAGAAAUUGAGUGCAGUAGAAGUGGCGCAAUACGGACCCCGGUUUACUGGAGUUGGGGCUCAGAUUCUUGGUGCUGAUGACAAGUAUAUAUGCCAGUAUUCUGAGGAUUCUUCAGACUUUUGGGGAAGCAGGCACGAGCUGAUGCUAGGGAAUACUUUCAUUUCUGCAAAAGACUCUAAGCCUCCAAAUAAGGAGGUUCCUCCACAGGACUUCAGUAGAAGGGUGUUGGAAGGCUUCCAAGUUACUCCACUCUGGCAUCAAGGUUUUAUACGCGACGAUGGCAGGUCUAAUUAUGUGGAAACUGUAAAAACUGCGUGUUGGGAAUAUAGCACCCGUCCUGUCUAUGGGUGGGGUGACGUAGGGUCAACACAGAAGCCAACGGCAGGUUGGCUUGCAGCCUUUCCCGUAUUUGAACCCCAUUGGCAAGUUUGCAUGGCAGGCGGGCUCUCGACAGGUUGGAUAGAGUGGGAUGGGAAAAGAUUUGAAUUUCAAAAUGCACCCUCUUACUCCGAGAAGAAUUGGGGUGGAGCCUUCCCAAGGAAAUGGUUUUGGGUUCAGUGUAACGUCUUUGAAGGCGCAAGUGGUGAAGUAGCUUUGACUGCAGCGGGUGGAUUGAGGCAGAUACCUGGAGUGACUGAAACCUAUGAAAAUGCUGCGCUGGUUGGAGUUCAUUAUGAUGGAAAAUUCUAUGAAUUUGUGCCAUGGAAUGGAUUUGUUGAGUGGGAAAUUAAUACAUGGGGUUUCUGGUACAUGACAGCAGAGAAUAAUAGUCAUAAGGUUGAAUUGGAGGCCACUACAGAGGAUCCGGGUACAACAUUGCGUGCUCCAACUGCUGAAGCCGGGCUUGCUCCAGCUUGCAAAGACACUUGUUUUGGUAGGCUAAGACUGCAAAUAUGGGAAAAGAGAUAUGAUGGCAGUAAAGGCAAGGUAGUUUUAGACGUAACGAGUAACAUGGCGGCACUAGAAGUCGGUGGAGGACCGUGGUUCAGCACGUGGAAGGGCAGGACAAAUACACCAGAGCUCCUUAACCGUGUCGUGGGAGCGCCAAUUGAUGUGGAAAGUAUCUUUAGUUUGGCCCCAAUUUUUAAGCCCCCUGGCCUGUAACUCUAAUGGGCAAUAAGCUUCUUAUGAAUGGAGGAUGGGUGUCAGAGAAUUAUCGAUAUAGAAGCUUGAAUUUGAAAAUAAUAAUGAAAUUGUUGUAAUGUAACAUUGGUAAUUGACAUAGCAAGCUUCAUCGGCUUGCGAGAGCGGCGAGCAGAGCACGCCUGAGGUUGAUGCAUCAAGUUUUGUAAAUCAUGUGUUGGGCUCGGAAAACCCGAGCUCGACAAGCAGGCCGAAUCUGUAGAACCGAGGCCCUGUAGAAUAGCUAAAUGCAUAUUGACCCCCAGGUCGUGACCCCUCGAGGAAUAUAUGGAUGGAGUUAUAUAUAUAUAUCCCUUUCAGAAU